UUUCUUACCUAAAAUAUUGCUAGCAUGAUAGACUUAUAGAUUUCCUGCUGUUAUUUCUCUAGUAAUUUAAAAAUAUUAUUUUUAUCUAUGAUACAUAUGAGAUUAUUCCGUCUCUUCAGAGACAUACGCGUAAUGAAAAUUGUUGAUUUUUUCUUAAUAUUAUAGAUAGAUUAUCAAGUAAAAGAAAAUUGUUGGUUGUUUCUUACAAAGGUAGUACAAAGCAAAAAAGCGUACAAAUUUCUUACAUCAGUCAUUUUAGUCAACGCGUAUUGAGGUGGAGGCAACGACUGUGGCGGUGAACCCGAGCUUCAUUCCAAUUUCAUAGGUGCUGAUCUGUUCCUGCAUAAUUUCUUCACCGCAUCCUUCAAUCUGUUGCUUAGAUUUUCUCCGCUUCCGGAUUUACUGCCAUUUCAUUGUACCGAUAGUACUUUGCAGUAAUUUCAUCGGAGAAUUGCUUGGUCAGCUUAAGUUUUGAUCGGAAAAAUUUGGAGUAGCGGAGAUGGUGAAGGAGACCGAAUACUAUGAUGUGUUGGGUGUGAGCCCCACGGCCACUGAGGCCGAGAUUAAGAAAGCUUAUUAUGUCAAGGCUAGGCAAGUUCAUCCGGACAAAAAUCCAAAUGAUCCUAAUGCAGCACAUAAGUUUCAGAUUUUGGGUGAAGCUUAUCAAGUUCUGAGUGACCCAUCACAGAGGCAAGCUUAUGAUGCUCAUGGGAAAUCAGGAAUUUCUACAGAUUCAAUUAUCGAUCCUGCUGCAAUCUUUGCCAUGCUUUUUGGAAGUGAGCUUUUUGAGGAAUACAUUGGACAACUUGCCAUGGCAUCAAUGGCUUCUAUGGAUGUUUUCACAGAAGGAGAAGAAUUGGAUACUAAAAAGUUGCAGGAAAAAAUGCGGAGUGUCCAAAAGGAAAGAGAAGAGAAGCUUGCUGGCAUACUCAAAGAUAGACUCAACGUGUAUGUCCAAGGAAAUAAACAGGAGUUCAUCCGCCAUGCUGAGGCUGAAGUUGCGAGGCUUUCUAACGCUGCUUAUGGUGUGGAUAUGCUGAGCACUAUUGGCUAUAUAUAUGCAAGACAGGCAGCAAAAGAGCUUGGGAAGAAGGUGAUGUACCUUGGCGUACCAUUUAUUGCCGAGUGGUUCCGCAAUAAAGGACACUUUAUCAAAUCCCAAGUAACAGCUGCAACAGGUGCGAUUGCUUUGAUUCAACUACAAGAAGACAUGAAAAAACAGCUCAGUGCUGAAGGAAAUUACACAGAGGAAGAACUUGAGGAAUACAUGCAAUCACACAAGAAAUUAAUGAUCGACUCGCUUUGGAAGCUCAAUGUGGCGGAUAUAGAAGCAACCCUUUCUCGUGUUUGUCAGAUGGUUCUACAAGACAACAAUGCCAAGAAAGAGGAUGUCCGUAUGCGUGCAAAGGGUUUGAAAACUCUUGGCAAGAUAUUCCAGGGGGUGAAAUCAGCUAAUGGUAGUAACAGUGUGCCAACCGAUCCUCCAAGCCACAAACUGAAUGGAAGCGAACCAAGUUAUACCAAUGCUCCUACAGGCACAUCCUCUAGAUCUCUAAACGAUGAUAAUGUCUCUAUAACCUCGAGCCCGUAUGUGGAAACUCCUCAGAUUGCCGGAGCCACGUUUAAUUUACCGAUGCCAGCUGCACCACCUGGUGCUCACAGACCAUAAGCAUGGGCAUCGAGGAUUGGGAGAGCAUUUAAUGUUGUAUUAUUGUGGCAUGUGUUUGCUAGCCGAGUGAUCAACUAGUGUAUAUCAUUAUUAUUCAUUAUCAUUACAGCGUGUAUAGAUCAUGUACCAAACUUUGUGCUUGUCUUAAGUUUUUUAUCCAAACCAUGAUUGUUUAGUCAUGUUUCCGUACCGCAUAAGCCUAUUUGCAAAUUCUGCUUAUAAGUUUGUACUUGGGUUUUGCAUUUUUUUUAUUUUUUUAUUUUGUAACAACUCAGCCAGAGUUCAUUCUGUAUGUGUAAUGCCGAAGUGAAAAUUGAAUUUGAGUUUGAAUCUUCA